AUUUUAACCUGGAAGGACCCAGUCAAGACCGGUAAGGUCUUCGGUACCAUCAUUGCCGCCUUGAUCGUUCUCAAGUCUGUUAACUUGCUCAACUUGUUUUUCCGUAUCGGUGCGUUUACCUUGGUUACCUCUGCCGUUGCCGAGUACGCUGGUAAGUUUGUCACUGGUUCAGGUCUUGUGACCCGCUUCAGACCAGCUUACACAACAGUCGUCUCCACCAAGGGCCAAAAGGCCCUGGAGUGUUUGGCCAACAGAUUGCCAGCUUUGGAAGAGUCUGUUCAGAAACUCAUCUACUCUGCUGACAUUGAGAAGACCUUGAAGGCUGGCGCUCUCUUCUACAUCUUGUUCAAGAUCACCUCGUGGUUGUCCCUCAACACCUUGAUCUUCACUGCUACAAUCCUCGGAUUCUCCCUCCCAGCUAUCUACGAAAAGAACCAAGUUCAGAUCAACGCUGCUGUUAAGGAGUUCUCUGCUUUGGUUGGUGAGAAGGCCUCUGAAUACUCAAAGGUUGCUCAAGAAAAGGCUGCUCCAUACAUCAAGCAAGCCGAUGAGAAACUUGGUCCAGUGUCAAAGUUCAUCAAGGAGAAGUACCAAGUCAGAACUGCUGGUAGUACUGUUGGCUCUACUUCCUCCAAGGCUGCUGCUGUCCCAGUAGAGACCACUCCAGUUGCUUCCACAACCUCUGGUGCUCAAGUUGUUCCAGAA